AUGAGCCUGCAGUGCGUGGCGAGCAUGCGGUUCGCCAUGUACCACACAAGUGGCCUCCCCGGCGCCAACCAAACCCAAGGCAUCACGCAUGCUAUCAUGGCUUUCGCCCAGUCUACGCUCUUCAAUUCUGACUCUCCCCCACAAUUUACUCCCUUCGAGUCUGUCUCCACCAUGCGCAGUCGCUUCAGCCCGGGGACUAAGCUCAUGAUCGCCAUCGGCGGAUGGGGUGAUACCUCAGGGUUCUCGACGGCCGCGAAAGAUGAGACUUCUCGCAACCAGUAUGCGAAGAAUGUAGCGGCUAUGGUGAAUCAGGUUGGUUUCGAUGGUGUUGACAUAGAUUGGGAAUACCCCGGCGGUAAUGGCCAAGACUACAAGACAACACCGAACAGUGCCAAAGUGUCUGAAAUAACCACCUACCCUUUAUUCCUGCAAGCGCUGCGGAGCGCCCUCGGCCCCAACAAACUCCUCUCUAUUGCGGUCCCUGGCAAGAAAGAAGACAUGAUCGCCUUCACCAACACCACAGGCCCGCAGAUCUGGCCCUCAGUCGAUAUGGUGAACAUCAUGUCGUACGAUCUCAUGAACCGCCGGAAUAAUGUCACUAUGCACCAUACAUCUGUCGUGGAUUCAUUUAAUACAGUGCAGGCGUAUCGGGAUAUUGGCCUCCCUGGUAAUAAGACAAACUUGGGAAUGGCGUAUUAUGCCAAGUGGUUUGAGACAGAUCCCAGCGAUGAGCAGGAGUGUGAGGACCAGCCGAUUGGGUGCAAGGUUGUCGUAAUGGAGAACGCGGAUGGAAGCGAUAACGGGAAAAGUGGGAGUUUGACUUUUGAAAAGAGUGUUAUGAGUGCGCCUCCAGCUAAUCUGAAGACGAGUACGGAUGGCACGUGUGGAUUUGACAAGGGGAUGAAGUGUCCCGCUGGAAGUUGCUGCAGUCAGUACGGAAACUGGUAUGUCGACUACUCCUACUCUCCUUGCGAACGGUGUAUGCUAAUAUGUGGCGAUGUAGCGGUACAACCGACGACUUCUGCCAAGCAGGUUGUCUAUCUGAUUACGGAACAUGCAAAGGCAUCUCGAUUACGGAUUCAUGGCGGCGCGCGCAAGAAAACGCUAAAUUGGAUGAUGUCAUGGGUGGAGAGUACUACUUCGAUGACCAGGUCAAUGUGUUCUGGACGUGGGAUACCGCAGACAUGA